UUAUCUUAGUCGUCGAUGUUUCUGCAUCAAAACACGUGUUUACUGUUUUGAUUCAACUGUGUCGUGAUAAAAUACGCGAAUUUAAUAUUGAACACAACAGUCUUCUAAUUUUAAUUAGAAUAUUUUUUGUAUAAAACAAUUUAACAAAACAAUUUAACAUUAUGGGUUCCAAACGUAAAUCUACCGUAAAGAAAAAUAAACGGUUGAAGAAAUUGAAGAAAACUGUAUAUGAAGAACCUGAAGAAUUGAAAAGAGCUCCACAUUCAUUUGUUAUCCACCGAGGACAAAUAGGUAAAAGUCUAUUGCAGUUGGUCAAAGAUUUUCGAAAAGUUAUGGAACCAUUCACUGCUGCUUCAUUACAAGUUUACAAAAAAAACACAAUUAAGGAUUUUGUUGCUUUGGCAGGCCCAAUGCAUGUUUCACAUUUGUGCGUAUUCACAAGCUCAGAUACCGGGGUUAAUUUUCGUGUUGCUAGAUUACCUCAAGGUCCAACAAUGACAUUUAAACUACAAAAUUAUGCUUUAAGCAAAGAUGUUGUGUCGUCUUUGCGCAAACAAAUGGUAAAUCCAAAAUUGUUCAGUCAUGCCCCCUUAAUUGUUAUGAAUAAUUUUACUGGUGAAGGACUGCAUAUCAACCUAAUGGCCACUAUGUUCCAAAAUAUGUUCCCAACUAUUAAUGUCACAAAAGUAAAUUUGAAUGAUAUUAAAAGAUGUGUUUUAAUGAACUACAACACUGAAACAAAAUUGAUUGAAUUUAGACAUUAUGCUAUUAAAACCGUUCCAGUUGGCUUAUCUAAAGGAGUAAAAAAAAUUGUUCAGAGUAAAGUACCAGAUUUAUCAAAUUUUGACGACAUUGAUGAAUUCUUGUUAAAACCAGAACUACUGUCUGAUAGUGAGUUUGAAGAAUCUACAAGUUCUAAUGUUGUUGUUCCACAAAAAUUGGUGAGUCGGGGCAACAUAGUAGGAACUCAGUCUUCCAUACGAUUGAGUGAGCUUGGACCAAGACUAACAUUACAGUUGAUCAAAGUUGAAGAAGGACUUAUGACUGGCGAUGUGAUGUUCCAUGAAUUUAUUAAAAAACCAGAUGAAAAACCAGAUGAUAAAAAAGAAGCAAAAGAGGAAGUCUAAAAAUUCAUAACUUAAAUAUAUAUAUGUGUAUCAAAAAUAAAAUAAUUUAUGUAUUAUGUUUUUUGUUUAUAAUACAAUUAUUAGUUUUUAAA